AUGGAUAAUAUGGAGAAAGCAUUCGCAGAUCAGGAGAAGAAUAUGAACGAAGAAGCCAAUUUACACAACAAAGGCAAUAAUAAGACGGAUUCUGGCGUUAAAUUGUUUCCCUUUUUGGACAAAAUAUUUCAUACAUUCACGAGUACUCUGGACCACAUUUUCGAUAACAAACCACCAGGAGAUGGAUGGAUUGGCUUUCAAGUGGUGGACUGCAAGUGUCCCGAAGCCAAGAAUGGCAAACAUGAAGAGCAAUGUCCGAUGCAUGAUAUGCACGACAACAAUACACCUAAAUCUAGUCCACAACCCAAAGACGACUCGGAGAAGGAUCGGUGGGCUGUUAUGGAAGCGCUUAGAAAAGAAGGCCAACAGUUGUUCGCCAACGACCUCACCAUCAAUAAGGACUCCGAGAUUAACAUGACUAUUGAUCAGCUCAUAAGACAUGAGAUCAAACUGACCACU